CGCCGAGGACGGCGGCCCUGCCCCUCCCGACCUGGGGCCCGGGGGCCGUGCCGGGCGGGAGCCUCAGGACCCGGCACCCCGAUCCGCACCCCCACGGACUCCAGCCGCGGGGUCCACGUGGACCCUGGGCCGCGGCGGGACGGGAGCCAGUUCCCCGCGCGUGGGGGAGGGGGCGCUGCAAACCGGUUCCCCUUUUUCUGCAGCUCAAAGCCUGGGGAAGUGAUUGCUCAAAGGGGGGGGGGGGCCGGAAGAACCCAGGUUUCCGCGUCUCCCGCCCCCCCGCCCAGCCUGUUGGGGAGGGGCCGAGGCGGGACACCCUGUCCGUCCCCACCCCUGCCCCCUUGGAUCUGGCAGCCACUCACCCUGCGAGGCGCAGGGGAGGCACUGCGCCCCCGGCCCCAACUGAUCUGGGGCUCCCGGCGCCGGCCUCCCUCCAGAACGCCGCAGGAGUACCUCCUGCCGUCUGACUUGAGUCCCGGCUGCUGCAGUGCACGCCCCUUCGGCAGCCAGGGUGGGGCCCAGAGGGAACCUGGCCUCUCCCGCCCCCACCUCGCCUUUGGGUCGAUGCACAUAGGGCCAGAGGAGGCAGACCAGCCCCCCUCGAUGUCCAGUCAUGACGCGGCCCCCCCGGCUGCCCCCAGCCGCAACCCCUGCUGCUUGUGCUGGUGUUGCUGUUGCGGCUGUUCCUGGAACGAAGAGCGGCGGCGAGCGUGGCGGGCCUCCCGGGAGAACAAGCUGCAGCCCCUCCCCAGCUGCGAGGCGUGCGCCACGCCAAGCCCGGAGGAGGUGCGGAGCUGGGCGCAGUCGUUCGACAAGCUGAUGCACAGCCCGGCGGGCCGAAGCGUGUUCCGGGAGUUCCUGCGCACCGAGUACAGCGAGGAGAACAUGCUCUUCUGGCUGGCCUGCGAGGAGCUCAAGGCCGAGGCCAACCAGCACGUGGUGGAUGAGAAAGCCAGGCUCAUCUACGAGGACUACGUGUCCAUCCUGUCCCCCAAGGAGGUGAGCCUGGACUCCCGAGUGCGGGAAGGCAUUAACAAGAAGAUGCAGGAGCCUUCGGCGCACACGUUCGACGAUGCGCAGCUGCAGAUCUACACCCUCAUGCACCGGGACUCCUACCCGCGCUUCCUCAGCUCCCCCACCUACCGUGCCCUGCUGUUCCAGGGAAGCUCCCAGUCCUCCCACGAGGCCUAGGCUGCCCACCACAGCGGCACAGACGUGGGACCCCUCUGGCGGGCACAGACUCGGUUACCGGCACCAGUGUGCGUCCGCGGAUGUCCCGCACACCAGCGGGGCCCGGCACCCCUGAGGGCAGUCCCAGACAGGAGCCCGUCUCUACCCCGGGGACCUGGGACCCGGAGGUCCUGCUGAGGGGAGGCGACACCAGGCAGUCUCUCCCCAAAAAGCUCCCCGCUGGGCUCCUGCGUGGGGAGAGGGAGACCUCCCACGGGGUCUGGUGGACCCACCGGCCUCACUUAGGCCUCCUCCCCAAGCAGCCAGGGACCUUGAGAAAUGCCUUUGGUGGGCAGUAGAGCCUCUGUGUGUCUAGUUGUGACAGGAGGAGACAGACCCUCUAAUGCAAGCUGUCUGCGCCCGGAUCAGACCCAGAACCUCAGAACUAGGCUCAAGGCAACAGGAGCCAGUUUCUUUUUUAUAUUUUCAUUAAUUUUAAACCUGGAAACAUGUCCUUACUGUAUUUUAUCAAAAAAAUGAAAAAGAUGUUUUCAUAUUUAUCUCCAUUCCUUCUCCAUCCAAAAUAGGAUCUUUUAUUGAAGAUAUUUUUAAAGCAAAA